CGAAUGGUCAUGCCCCAAAAGAAGAAAAGAAUAUUACAAGCUUCGCUGGCUUUCGUUGUACAAUAAGGAAGGCUUUGAAGGCAAAAGAGGCAUCGAAGAAACCACUCAGAGCCCAGGGAGCAACUGUAAUCAAUCUUCAACUCGAGGGUUUUGCUCUCUCUCAGAUCUCUCCCCAAUAUCCCAGAUGGCAAAAGACCCCAAACUCGGAAAAUUGACAGUUUAUCUUUACAUUCCCAAUAUUAUUGGGUACAUAAGAGUUCUCAUGAAUGUUGUUGCCUUUGCCCUGUGCUUUAGCAACAAAAAGCUUUUCUCUGUUCUGUAUUUUCUCAGCUUUGUGUGUGAUGGGAUUGAUGGCUGGUGUGCUCGCAAAUUCAAUCAAGUUUCAACCUUUGGAGCUGUUUUGGACAUGGUAACAGACAGGAUUAGCACUGCUUGUCUACUGGUAAUCCUCUCCCAACAAUAUAGGCCUGGCUUAGUUUUCUUGUCAUUGCUUGCCUUGGAUAUUGCCAGCCAUUGGCUGCAAAUGUACAGUACUUUCUUGUUAGGGAAGGCUAGUCAUAAAGAUGUAAAAGACAGCAGUAGUUGGCUUUUCAAGUUGUACUAUGGAAACCGAAUGUUUAUGGCUUUCUGUUGUGUGGCAUGUGAGGUGCUAUACAUUAUCCUAUUUCUUAUUGCAGAGCCCCAUAGUGAAAGUGUGAUUGAUGUUUUACUGCAUGCUGCAAAACAGAGUUUUCUUCUGUCUGCUUUAGUCCUGUCAGUCCUGUUUGGGUGGGCAAUCAAGCAGGCUGUCAAUGUUAUACAGGACCACAAUUUGGAUAAGGCUCUUUCCCUCUCUCCCUUCAUGAUCCUAGACUGUUGGGUCAGGUGUUUGUUUUCUUUAAGACAGGAAAGACUGGUAGAUGUCAAGGGAGGUGCAAUAGAAAAGGGUUAAAAAUUUUAUGAGCUCAUCCUUGAUUUCAGGUGGCCUGGCUCACCCUUAUGAUGUGCCAUGAGGCUGUUCCACACAUGGAUUUCUAAUUGAAUUUGAACACCUUUACAUAUUACAGCUACAGCAUUAUUAUCUAUGUUUGAUUUAGAAAAAUAACUACCUAGAAAAAACACAAAACCUCUCUGCCCAUAUCUGGUCAGAAAGAAAAGAGUGGCAUGGUAUUUAAAUUGGCUGAGAUUAAUUUGUGUUUUUGUGUAUGAUCAAUGUUCUUGAAUUAUUUUGAGUGACCAAGUUAUUUUAUUUUUGCUUUUAUCUCAA